UGCAGUAACAGUAACUGCAGUUUUUAAGGUGUAGGAGUUUGUAGUGAGUUCUAUUAAUUUCAUUGACAAAAUGGCAACUUUUUUUGGUGAAGUAGUAUUUCCAGUUUCACGAGCAUUUUGGGAUGAUGAAGAUGAAAGCAGUACAAGUGGAUGUGCAGUUAAUCAACCUGAAUUUUUUGUCCGAUGGUUAGAAGAAAAACCAUCAAAAAUUGAGACUUUAAUUGUAAUUGAAGGCGAAAUGUUAAUCGAUUUUUCAAGAGGAUGUUUAUGCCCAGAUUUAAAGGAAGUAUGUUUCGUGGAAGAUGACAAGCAAAAGAAAAUGUUUACAAUUUAUGAAGUCAGUGGUGAGGUUUAUUUAUGUAUUGUGACUUCAAGUUUUGACGUAAAACUAUCUGGUAAACUAGUAGAAAAAAUAGGUGAUAUUAUAUUGAGUGCAAAAAAUACAAUUUGUAUAACAUGUCGUCAUAUAUCACAAUUUAAAAGCAAGAAUAUACCAGCAGUACCAUCCUUCUUAAGAAUGUUAACUACAAAAAAUGGAGAGAAUAUUUGUAAAUGGAAAGAACCACUUUUAGAGCAACCAAAUAUUAUAUAUGGAGUAACAGCAGGAGUAUUGUCAUAUGCCCAAAUUAUGGAACUACCUUCAGUUUUGUAUGUUUUAUAUGCAGACAGUUUUGUACUGGAUUCAUUAUCUGCAGAACCUCUUUUAAAAUUAUUUGCAGCAAUGAAUUAUACAUUACAUGAUGUUACAUUUUCUGGAAAAGAUUUUUUUAAUAAAGGCAACCUAUACAUGUAA